AUGUACCAGAAAAAAGAGUAUCACAUCCAAGUUGGUGCAAGAGGAACUGCUGGAUAUAUUGCUCCUGAGGUAUUUUGUAGAGGUUUUGACCCUGAUAGAGAAAUUGGAGAUGAUGCUUUGGAAGUGUAUACCAUGCGCCACCGGAAUCUUGUCUCCUUUUACGGCUGCACCUCACGCCACAGCCGCGAACUCCUUCUGGUUUACGAAUUUAUUCCCAAUGGCACAGUCGCUGAUCAUCUCCAUGGGGAUCGAGCAAAUUCAGGCUUACUCACAUGGCCUAUCCGAUUGAGUAUUGCCAUAGAAACUGCCACUGCAUUAUGUUAUCUCCAUGCUUCUGAUGUUGUACACCGGGACGUGAAAACUGACAACAUUCUCCUGGACAAUAGUUUCUGUGUUGAAGUCGCAGAUUUCGGGCUUUCACGACUCUUCCCCACCGAUGUUACCCAUCUCUCAACCGCUCCACAAGGGACUCCCGCCUAUGUUGAUCCAGAAUAUCACCAAUGUUACCAGCUUACAGAUAAGAGCGAUGUUUACAGCUUUGGGGUUGUCCUUAUUGAACUCAUAUCAUCACUGCCUGCUGUAGACAUUAGUAGGCACAGGCAUGAGAUCAAUUUGUCUAACUAUGCUAUAAACAAGAUACCAAAAUGCGCAUUUCACGAACUGAUAGACCCGCAUCUUGGAUUCAAUUCAGAUCUUGCGGUUAAUAGGAUGACUACUCUGGUGGCAGAAUUAGCCUUUCGCUGUCUGCAAUCUGAUAAGGAAAUGAGGCCUUCCAUGGAUGAAGUUUUGGAGAUUUUGAAGGAAAUUGAGAGUGACAAGCAUGAAUUGGAGAACAUGGACACAGCAGCGGACAGUGUUGGAUCCUCCAUGCGUAAGCCGCCAUCACCUUCACCAGAUUGUGAUGAAGUGGGGUUGUUGAAAAGUACGGUCCAGCUGAUGCCAUCACCAGAUACUGUGACCGCUCAAUGGCCCAGUAGGUCUACUACACCAAGCGCCAGUGCUUAACGUUUCCAUUGUAUUUUGCUUAUUUUUCAAAGGAGAUGCUAAAAAUAUGUGAAACAUGUAACCAGAUGUAAAUGAAAGGGUUAAUGUUCUUUCUCAUCUUCCUAUCUUUGUUUUGUUGUCCAUGUAGCAGAGAUGAAUCUCAGAUUCAUUGUCUAUUGGAUUUAAGGUCUGAGGGGAAUAUACCAAGUUAAAGAAGCUGCCA